UCGGAGCACCAAAACCUACCCACCCGCCCCUAGGCGCACCACCAGAAAUAUCAAGCAAAACCCCACCUCUCAAAAUUUUCCCCAAAUUCUCGGCGACAAGGCGGAGAUCGACCCACCGCCGCUUGCUUCCCGGCGAUUCUACCCGUAACCGCCGACGAGGAGGAAGCGGUUCCAAGCCAAGGGACCAAGAGCAAGGGAGGGGAGGAGGAGGAUGGGGGAGGGCGUGCAGGCGAUGCUGGCGCGGCCCAUCCAGCUGGCUGACGAGGUCGCCAAGCAGUGCGGCGCCGCGCGCUGCUUCCGGGCCGAGUGCACCGACCUCAAGUCACGCGCCGACAAGCUCGCCGCGCUGCUCCGCCAGGCGGCGCGCGCCGACCUCUACGACCGCCCCGCCGCUCGGAUCAUGGCCGGGGCCGCGCAGGCCCUCGCCAAGGCCUCCGCGCUCGCGGCCCGCUGCGCGCACGGCCACCCGCGCCUCCGCAGGCUCUUCACGCUCAGCCCGGCCGCCGGGUUCCCGCGCACCGCCGCGCUCCUCGACACCGCGCUCGAGGACGUCGCCUGGCUGCUCCGCAUCUCCUCGCCCCACGGCGGCGCCGACGGGGACGGCGACGGCGACGGGGACCUGCGGGGGCUCCCCAACAUCGCGCAGAACGAGCCCAUACUCUUCCUCAUCUGGGACCACGUCGCGCGGCUGCACACCGGGGGCCUCGCCGCCCGGGCGGACUCCGCCGCGAACCUCGCCUCGCUCGCCCGAGACAGCCAGCACUUCGCCAAGCUCAUCAUCGAGGAGGACGGCAUACUGCCGCUGCUCAGGCUGCUCAAGGAGGGCACCGACGACGGGCAGGAGGCUGCCGUGCGCGCGCUCGGCCUGCUCGGCUGCGAUGCUGAGAGCGUUGAUAAGCUCGUGCAGGCCGGGAUUUGUUCCGCCUUCACCGCCGCACUCAAAGAGCCGCAGAUGCGCGUGCAGGCCGCUGUUGCCGAGGCUAUUGCCACACUCGCCGACCGGAGCCAAGCCUGCCAGGAGCUCUUCACACAGAACAAUGCCGUCCGCUAUCUCGUCGGCCACCUCGCGUCCGGGACCAUCCAGGAGCACAGCAGGUACGCCGUUGGCUCCAGCAGCUCUAAGAGUACUGCUGCAGCGCCAACGCCCAUGACAUCGCUACACUCGGUUGUUCUUGCCAAGACGCUCAGCACACGCCACAGCGGCGACUUCAUGGUAUCUGUCCCUGAAGAGCCACCCAGAGUGUCUAAUGUCUCCAAGGAUGAAGCAGACACUAAUAAAAGGAACCAAAUGCAGUCGGUUGUGCAGUCUGCCAUGGCUGCCAAGACAAAGACCAAUGGGUCAUUGAUUCCACCCUUCAGACCACAGCUGGGCACCAGUGGCUCUAGUGGCCGUGGUGCUCGUGAAGUGGAAGACCCUGAGCUCAAGGCGCACUUGAAGGCCAUGGCGGCUAAAGCUCUCUGGAAGCUCGCACGAGGUCAUCUUGGAGUCUGCAAGAGCAUUACAGAGUCGCGUGCGCUGCUUUGCUUCGCCGCGCUCCUUGAGAAAGGCGAUGGUGGUAUGGGCACAGACAUGCAGGUCUUCUCAGCCAUGGCUAUUAUGGAAAUUGCGCGUGUUGCUGAGCACAGCCUUGCACUGCGGCAGUCGGCUUUCAAACCCAGUUCUCCAGCCGCCAAGGCUGUUGUUGACCAGCUGCUACACAUUGUCUCCAAGGGUGACUAUGAUGAACUCCUCAUUCCGUGCAUCACAGCUCUUGGUUGCCUCGCGCGGACGUUCACAGCGAGCGAGACCCGGAUGAUCGCACCACUUGUGCUGUUGCUCGACGAGCGUGAGCCGCCGGUUAUAAAGGAAGCUGUGCUUGCACUCACCAAGUUUGCAUGCAAGGCCAACCACCUACAUGUGAGCCACUGCAAGGCCGUUGUCGAUGAAGGUGGUGCACGCCACCUUGUUCAGCUUGUCUACCUUGGCGAUGAGGUUCAGAUCGAGGCGCUCAUACUGCUAUGUUACAUCGCUUCACACGUUCCGGAGAGUGAGGAGCUUGCGCAGGCGGGGGUUCUUGCUGUGCUUCUGUGGGCAUCAAAACAGACCUACAUGGUGCAGGAUGUUCGCGUUGAGGCACUACUGCCAGAAGCUAGGGCGAGGCUCGAGCUUUUCCAGUCCAGAGCCUCUAGGUAAUGUUGGCAGCAAGAUCACUUGGCUUUGAAGUUCCUAGGGAUGCUGACGCCGCACUAUUGGGCGAGGUAGAAAUAUCUUCUCCAUGCUCAUAUUGUCCUUAAUGCCGGGGUGCCCAGUUACCUACAGAUGCAGAGCACGGCCGCGUCCUUCACGGGAGCACUAUCAGCGCAUUCUUCUUCACGUAUUCAUAGCUUGUGGUGUUUAGCACGCGAGUGUCUUCUUGGCAGCCUGAACUGGCCAUAGCUGCAGUGGCAACCGCCACAGCAGCACCAAGGAGAAGGAGCAUCAUUGCAGCCAAACCAUUACGGUGCAUGAUGACGCUAGUCAGUUUGGCUUGUUUGGCCUAUCUGGGAAUUUGGUGUUUCUGGGAACCAUGGGAAUGCAAUGCUCAUGAGCUGAUUCUAAGGUGCGUGUUCUCGUAACCUUUCUUUGCAUGCAAUGCAAAUGCAAGAAGUUCGACAAUUUGACACAAUUUUUUAGGCCCUAACUAUGUGCCUGGACAGAACUUCAGACAGAGUGGCUUGAAUGCUAUGUCAAGCCCCUAGUCUGACUCUCUGAACCUGUUGCUGCUACACUGCGUCUUGAGUUAACUAGUUCUUCUUCAAGAAAACGCAACGGAAUCUUUGCAUUUCAUUUCA